UCUGAUAAAGCCUCUGCUGCAGACAGGACCUGCUACUUCCCUCCUCACAGCACACUUGCAACCAAAGCUGCAUAUUCCUCUUCUGGGGCCUCCUUCCAGCCUUACAUUUCAGUUCACUAUCUUCAGCUAUCUGGGACAUGGCUCUGUUUUUCUUCUUGAUCUUUGCCUUUUGCGCCGGACCUGGACUUCUAGAGUCUUCACCCAAAGUGCGACUGGUGAGAGGUCGCCAUCACUGUGAAGGGCGGGUGGAAGUGGAGCGGAAUGGCGAGUGGGGCACUGUGUGUGACGACGGCUGGAACAUGAAAGACGUGGAAGUGGUGUGCCGGGAGCUGGGCUGUGGAGAAGCCAAGGGGACGCCCACUGGUAAUUUAUAUAAGCCAUUGGCUGAUGAAAAACAAAAAAUCUUCAUCCAAGAAGUCAACUGCAGUGGGACGGAAGAUAAACUGAUUAACUGUGACCAGCUGGAAGACGUUUAUGAUUGCUCCCACAGCGAGGAUGCAGGGGCAAUAUGUGAGCUGCCAGAGACCGUGAAGCUGGUUGGUGGCCCUGGGCGCUGCAAGGGGCGCUUGGAGGUGAAGCACCAAGAGCAAUGGGGCACUGUGUGCAAAGCAGGCUGGAAUCUCUCUGCUGCAAAGGUGGUGUGCCGGCAACUGGGGUGUGGGAAGGCCACACUGAUCAAAAGAUGCUGUAACAAGGAUAUCCAGGGUGAAGGACUCAUCUGGCUGAGCAGCGUGUCAUGCUCAGGACAGGAAGAAAACCUUCACUAUUGCCUUUCUGGGCUUGAGGGGAAUAAUAACUGCACCCAUGAUGAGGACACAUGUGUUGAAUGUGAAGAUCCCUUUGAAUUGAGGCUGGUAAAUGGAGACACCAGAUGCUCUGGGCGACUGGAGGUGCUGCACAAGGGCAUAUGGGGCUCUGUCUGUGAUGACGGCUGGGGGACAAAAGAGGAGCAGGUGGUGUGCCGGCAACUGGGCUGUACAAGGCCAAUCUUUGUACCUGCCAAAUUGCGGAGAAAGUUUGCCCCUGGAGAUGGGCGCAUCUGGCUAGAUGAUGUCCAUUGCAAAGGGUAUGAGCAGUCCUUGGAGCAGUGUCAGCAUAGGUCCUGGGGGUAUCAUGACUGCAACCACAAGGAAGAUGUGGUCGUAUUCUGCUCAGAAGCGUAGCCUGACAUUUGAUGUUUGGCCUGACUCCGGCAGGAUCUGAGUGUCCUUUGCUUUCUCAUGGCCUCAAAUGGCUUAGUGCAAGCACUGGGCCUGCAGGCUCAGCUACCACCCCCUCAGCCCCUCAGCCAGAAUCUGAACACUCUUUUCUCUCAGAGCCAAGCACCCCCAUCAUCUCCUGGAGAUAUGAGUUGUUGAAUUCUCUCUUGCCAAGGAAGAUGACCUCCCACUCACCUGCUCCUCACUGCUGACCCUUUGGCAUUGAUUCUGGCCUCUCCCGCUUCUUUUCAACCAGCCUGGGAUCCCCAGGUCUGUGUUUUUGACCACUACAGGACAUUUCUAAGACCAAACCUAUGUCUGUAAAGAACAUGAAAGGAAGGUGACAACAAAAGGAACAUUUAAGGGGAAUAUGGGUAAAUAAUGAGAUGAAACUUGGGGGAAAGUUCUUUGAAUGCUUUUUCUCAAGCCUUCAACACUUUUUCUUAAUCUUCAACAAUUAACAUCUCACUAUUCUCCUGUUGUCUGAUAAAAGCAGACACAUUCUUUCAAGAGCAGAGCAGUAUCCUAUAAUCCUAGACCUUUUCAUGACACUUGGAAAACAAAUAUCACACCCUCUGAAUGCCCAUAAUAAAAUACCUUUGUUGACUAUCCAUAUACAACUUGCCAACAUGAUGUGCAUUUAACAAGAAGAAUGCUACAAAUGUAUUUUAAUUUUCCCAAGGAAAAAUGUAUGGACCUGUGACUAGAAGGGAAAGGAAGAGAUGCAUUCAGAAUUUCGGGGAAUCCAGCGUUGUGUCUCAUGCCAAUCAGAUGGUAUCAUUUUAAUUUUUUCAACUCAGAUUUUAGGGUCUGUAAGUCUGAUGCAAGACAGAAUGAUACUAAGGAGAGAAUCGUGGCUUGGUUCUAAAAACUGACAACUUCAGGCUCUGAGACUGAGUUGAGUACCUGUUAUGUGUCUGCAUUUAUGCUUUCUAAUAAAGUCUAUUUCACAGUCUCAA